AUUUUGGCCAGACAGACCAUUGUUCCUCACAAAAACCCAAAACUAUUAUAUUAAUACGCUUAAAUAUAUAUUUAUUAUAUCAAAAAGAAAAAGGAAAUGGCGAGUACCCUCUUGUCAUCUCCUUGCUUUCUCUCUUUGCCAAAUGGAAAAGUUGAAACAGAUGGAAAAGUGGGUGCAGGGAACUUCAGAAGCUCAUUCUAUGGAAAGCUAAUGUGUACUCAUCAAUUUGCAGUAGGAAAAAAAAUUCAGAGUAGAUGUUAUGGCAACUCUGUUGUGGUGGCCUCAGUGCUUGGAAGGAAGAAGACCAACACCAGAGAGACUGUAAUUCCUGACCCGGAUUACCGAAUUCCGAUUGUCCUACUAGGUCUAGCUGGUGGGUUAGCUUAUUCUAAUAAUCUGUUACCAGCUGCACCUGUUGGUCUCCUUGGUGCACUCUUACUGUUCCAGACGACGAGAGUCAGAUUUGUAUUCGACAACGAGGCCCUGGAGGUAAAAGUAGGGAACGAGCUUCAGGAGUCAGGUGAAAAUGUCUUUGUUGGAGGGAAAAACCGUUGGAAAUAUUCAACAUUUGUGAAUUGGGAGCUUUGGUGGCCAAAUUUCCCAAUUCUUGUUUACUUUAAAGAAACACAAACUAAGCCUGAAGGGCAAGUUCACUUCUUUCCAGUUAUAUUUAAUGGAAAGCAACUUUAUGAUGUGAUGGUGGAGAGAGCUGGCGCUUCUAAAACUAGUGGACCAAAAGACUCCUAAAGCCUCUGAGCACUGUAGUUACAUAAAUUCUAGUUGUGCCAUCCAAUACAGUGUUCAUAUUCUGAAGAGUGCAGUUUAUUAGCAUGGUAAGAUUUUUGGAAUUCUGUAAAUUUGGAUAUGUUUUUCUUAAUCAAUUUGCAAGAGGCAAUUGAGUUUAUACAAGAUGAAUGUUAUGUUGCAGGUAAUUGUUACAGUGGCAUCAUUUAGUACUUGAACUGAAUAUGUAAACUUCCCAGUUCAAGCUAAAUCUCAUUACAUUGUUUCUACUUUAUACCCCUAAACCAUAUGUUUUAAUGUAGUUUAGAUGCAAAGUACUUCAAUCACUUGCAGUUGUUUUCUGCUCAGGAUUUGGCUUCAAAAUGUUUUAAUAUACUUCUCUAUACGUAUAGAAGUGAUGUAAUUUGCUUCAUGAACAAUGGAAGUGAUGUAAUUUGCUUCAUGAACAAUGAGAUUCAAGAAUCUAUAUCAGCUAGCACUCCUACUUUAGUUUUCUCUUCAA